CAUUUUACUGCUAUCGGGUUCUUAUAAAUGACAUAAAGCAGCUUGUUUUUUGUCAGUCAUGGGGGGCACACAGCAGAAGGUGCUUCAUUUUUGGACACUUGUUUAUUGUCUCUUUGCCUCCCUUUCACCUGCUGCAGGUCAGAUCAGAUUAGCUGGGCCAACAAGGUGCUCUGGAAGAGUUGAAAUCUAUCACAGUGGCUCCUGGGGAACAGUCUGUGAUGACAGCUGGGACUUAAAUGAUGCUAAAGUGGUCUGCAGACAGCUGGGCUGUGGGGCAGUGGUGUCGGCCCCUCAGUCUGCUCACUUUGGUCAAGGAACAGGACAAAUCUGGCUUGAUGAUGUGGCCUGUUCAGGGAGUGAAAGUUUUCUAACUGAGUGUCGGCACAGUGGAUUUGGGACACACAACUGUGGACAUGGUGAGGACGCUGGUGUCGUCUGCUCAGGUCCUCAGAUCAGAUUAGCUGGGUCUGGAGCAACAAGGUGCUCUGGAAGAGUUGAAAUCUAUCACAGUGGCUCCUGGGGAACAGUCUGUGAUGACAGCUGGGACAUAAAUGAUGCCAAUGUGAUCUGUAGAUACAUAGACUGUGGAACAGCCCUGAGUGCCACGACAUCUGCCUUUUUUGGUCAAGGAACUGGACAAAUCUGGCUUGAUGAAGUGGCCUGUUCAGGGAGUGAAAGUUCUCUAAUUCAGUGUCGGCACAAUGGAUUUGGGACACACAACUGUAAUCAUGGUGAGGAUGCCGGUGUCAUCUGCUCAGUAAGCUUCCCAAAACCCGGUAUCUCCAUGAGUCCUGCUGGUGAGGUGACCUGGGGUCAGACUGUUGAAAUCACUUGUUCAAUCUCAACUCAGGCUGUAGGUGGAACAUUCAUUCUGCUGAAAACUUCAGAUUCAUUCAGAAGAACCGAAACCUCAAGUACAAACUCUGCUGCCUUCAGUAUUCCUGAAGUCGACUUUCAUCAUGAGGGAUCGUACCAGUGUCAGUAUCAGAAAAAUGGUCCAAGUCGUGAAUUUAUCUCCCCAGAAAGUAACUCUGUAAGGCUUUCUGUUACUGUGAGACUACAGACGCCCAACAUCUCCUUGACGUCUCCUAGUGGAGGACUUGUCUGGGGUCCUGAAGGUGCAGAGGUCACCAGUGGUUACAGCUUUGAAGUCACCUGUUUCAUUAACACCAGAUUUUCCAGCGGACAAUUUAUCCUCACCGUCCCUGGUUCCAAACUCACAGAGCCAGCAGUCAACAAUUCAGCCUCCUUUAGGUUCCCUGCUGCAGAUUAUGAACACCAAGGCAACUACAGCUGUGAGUACGAGGUCACCGUGUCCACGCAGACGUUCAGAUCUCCAGCAGCGCAGAUUAGUGUCAUCAUUAAAUUGCUUUUGAUGCUGCUGGCGUCCUCGGUAUCUGCUGGAAUCGUGCUGCUGCUCCUGCUGCUGCUGCUAGUGGUGUGUCUGGUGUACAGGAGAAGACGACCGGCCAAGAAACCUGAACCCCUCAUCCAAACUCAAAUGCUCGUCCGAGUCGGCAACAAUUACAUACAUUCAGAUGGCGAGGACGAUGAUGAAGACUACGUGAAUGUUGAUCUCGUGAACACUAAUGAAAAUAUCAAAGGGGGAGCUGCAGGAGUAGAAGGGAGUGAUGACUAUGAGGAGCCAGUGAGUGAUGAUGAUCAUGAUUAUGAGGAAGUGGGCCCAAAUGAUAAUUGCAAAAAGCCCAAGGAGGCCUGUGUGAAUUCAUACAGUCUCAGAGAAAAUUAUGAACAAGAAGUGAGUGAUGAUGAUCAUGAUUAUGAGGAAGCAGGCCCCAAUGACAGCUACACAAAGUCCAAGGAGGUCUGUGUGAGUGUAGAUAGUCACAGAAAAACUGAAGCUGAGGAUGAUGAGGAAACUAGUGAUGAAGACAACAUUUAUGAGAAUGUAUCCCCACCAUAACCCGUUCAUUAUCAUUGAUAAUAAACUGAACUUCAUAAACAUAAAAAAAAUAACCACGAUUGAUAAAGCUGCAGGUUCAUAAAUGGGCCUGCAGCCUUUUUAGUUGUGGUUAUUUGGUUGAACGCAAUAAGAUGUUAACUUUGUAAAUUGUGGCGACCAUUAGGGUUGAAAAGAAGGAUAAAGCAGGCGAUCCUUUAUCAUGUGAUUGACAAGUUGCUUGUCUCUGAUUGGGCUGCGAUUCCUGAGCUUCUCAGAUUUGCCUCUUGCUCAUGAUGCCUGGUUUUAAAACACCAAGACAAAAUUGCUCAGCUUGAGGUGGGACUCCACUGAUCAAAAGGUGGUUUCAAUGGGUGGAUGUAGCCAACUUUUAUAUACAUUCUAAGAGGAUCUCUUAACUUUUCCUCAGAAUUUCAACAAGUCAAAUAUUUUCUGUGUACUGUAAGAGUUUUUAGCUUGUGACCUUAAGUAUUAAGAUGAAUUAAUUGUACGUAGCCUUUUAGCAAUGAAAAAUAACAACAAACAUCUUAACUUGAAAACUGCAAUCUUUUCUUUCCUUCUGAUCUUUGCAGUCUCACAGAAGUCUGUCAUUUCUGCUGACAAUACUGAGAACCAUAAACGGAGGACAAACUUACUAAUGCUAUCUGACGACAGCUAGAGCUGUAGUUUAUAGUUCAAUUCAGAUUUAUCUAUAUCACAACAAACAGUCACCUCAAGGCAUUUUAUAUUGUAAGGUAACGACCCGACAGUAAUUACAGAGAAAACCCAAAAGUCAAAAUGACUCACUAUGAGCAGCACUCGGUGAUUGUGGGAAGGAAAAACUCCCUUUUAACAGGAAGAAAUCUCCGGCAGAUCCAGGCUCAGGGAGGGGCAGUCAUUUGCGACCGGUUGGGGCCGAGGGGAGAAGUCCUUUGGUCGAGAAGUUUUUUUUUUAAGUAGAGAAAAAAAGUGUCUGUAACUUCAGUCCAGCUGUUAAUUGGAGUACUCGUCCUGUUAGGGGUGAAUUUUUGUGGGCUUCCAACAUGAUUGUGUUUGCACGAGUAACACGAGGCAAAACUUCACUUGGUGUCAGCAUACAUAUUCAAUAAGUCCUGGGAGAGAGCUAGCGUGGAUUGCCAAUAUCUACAGUGCAUAAGAUUUUUUUAUGCUAUCAGAGUCGUCGUGUUUGUGUGUUAUACACAGUUAGCAUGAAGAAACAGAGCAUAUUUUUACACAGACUGAUGUCAGCAUAUUUGACUGACUGUGAUUAAUCUGCACUUUGUAUCAACAGUUUAGAGGACAAGAUGAUUUCAUAAUCAUUUCGUGUCCUGUUAACAGUAGGAACCUAUUGCUCAUUUGCUAAGCUGUCCAUGGUGCUGAAAUAAAAACAACUAGCAUCUAAUGACUCCAAACAUACAGAACUCCACAGAUGUUUCCUGUUCCAACUCUCAGCCAGAAUGUCCCAGAAUAUGAACUAUGUGUUUCAGGUUUAUUGAUAAUAUCAUUGUUAUUUAAUAUAAUUUAUCUUCAGUGAGAUAAAAUGCAAGAAAAAUAGAAUUACAAAAAUCUUAAGUAGUGGAACAUUUGUGAUAUGUCAGCUAUGUGUGUUUAAAAAAUGCA